GCCCGUCGGCCGCGGUUCGGAGGAGGAGGCGUGCGGGCUGUGCGGGCUGUCCUCUGCCCGUUCCCGCGGAAGGGAGCGGGCACCGCUGCUCUCCGCUGAGGUGGGAGCGCCGCGGAGCCCGCUCGGCGCCCCUGCCGCCGCUGCCUGCUGCGGCCGCCAUGGCGCUGGUGCUGGAUCUCCUCAGGCGGAUGCUGGAGUACUUGGGCUGGCCGCCCAGCCCGGCCAUGUUUUUGGAAACCCGCAUGUUCAGCCGCAGUAUCGGUCGUACAGUCAGAACAUGCCUUCCUUCAGCAAUCUCAUCAAGAAGGCAUUUCCAGCAGUUGUAUGCAGUUAUAAGGAAGUAUCAGGUCAAGGUCAUAUCUGUUUGCCAGAAAAAGCAAUAUGGAUCUACUCGAAGUGUUGUCCGUAGGCUUGGGACAAUUCUUUCCUUAGAGCCCUGCCCAAGACCUUGUUUUCAACUUGUUCAAGAUCCAAGUUCAUUGGGUAACAAUGAACAAAACACAGCUCCAACUCCUGUAGCUCCAUCACUGGCUGAUGUCCUGUGGGUGGCAAAUGAUGAGAGACAAGCAUUUACUAGACUUAGGACUGACUUACGGAGAAACGAAAGAAGUACAGUUUAUCGUGACCUAUAUCCAUCUAUAGGUUCAAUGCAAAGUGUUCCAGAACACAGUACACAGAAAGACAGUCUUGUUGAUCAAGUAGCGCUCCAGAAAAUUUCUGCGCUUGAAGAUGAGCUCACCUUUCUUCGUUCUCAGAUUGCUGCAAUUGUUUCAGCACAGACGUCGGGAAGCAUUCCAUCACAAGCCUUUAAAACAUUCAGCAUUCCAGAUGGAUUUUACCCAGUGCCAGCCACAACUUCUACGCCAUUGUCUGUCUCUCACAAUCACUUUGUAAUUCCCUCGCCUCCUUUACUUCCUUCUGGUGUACCAUCUGGUGUUGAUGCUAGUAAUUCAGCAAUUGAACUUAUAAAACAAAGUCGUGCAGCAAAAAAUAGUGGUUCAACUGCAGCUGAUAGUGCUGAUCACCAGAGGAUGAAGAACGUUCCUAGUAUGAUGGAUGUUUUGAAAGACCUAAACAAAGUUCAGCUGAGAGCUAUUGAGAGGUCACCUGGAGGUACUCCUCUUUCUAGACCCAAAAAGAGGCAAAGUUCAGAUUGGGAUCCAGUUGCUCUACUAACUCAUGCACUAAAGCAGAAAUUUGCACAUAAAAAUUACGAUCAAGAUGAUUCCCUGGACAAAGAAAAUCGAUCUUUUGAUAGCUCCCCAUUUUCUAGUCCAGAGAUUUCACUGGUUGCAUGUUGCAGUCCGAAGUCAAAUGCAAAAUCUGGCCUUACAAGAACUGAUGAAAUUAAACAGGUACCAACAUAGAAAGUGAGAGCUCAUGUUUAACUGGUAGAGACUUCUGAGGAAACUUCAGAGUGUGUGUAAGUGGCGGGUCUGCUUUGACGCUGCUGUAAGGUGCUGUAAUGUGUUCUAGCACGCCUCUCCUAUGCUAAUUGAAUUUUGGGUGUUGUAGAGUUUGUAAGAUUGUCUCUUCCUUCUCUGUAGUUUCUCAGCAGCCAAACUUGUGAAUGUGAUGCUUAUAUGAGAAGGAUAGAACCAAAAGAAUGCUUUUAUUGUUACGGAGCAGUGUGUAUGAAACCUGGGAAAUGCAGGAAAGAAGUGUAUGUGAAAGAAAAAAUAAAUAUUGGUGUAGCAGCUGAGGUGUGUGCUCUGUUUGCACUCCAGUGUAAAUAAUGAGGAAGUGUAAACUUUUUGUUAGUGUGUUACAUAAACUGAUGCUUAUACAUAUAUAUCUAAUGGUAGCUAACACUGUUUCAGUAGAAUGGUAUAGUUGCCUCAGUUUUCUUUGCAGUUUGCUGAUGCAACUCCAUAUUCCAUGUGCAAACUGUAUUCUAAUUUAUUUUGGAUCAGUAGCUGAACUUUUAUGCUUGUGAAACUUUGUUGUGCUGUAAGUAAACUGAAGUUUGUCUGUAGAGAGAUCUUCUAGCACAUAGUCUAAAUUCCAUAUGUAAAUAAACAAUAACUCCCUCCUUGGUUCUCCA